CUGAGUGUUAGAAGAAAAUUACAUCUGGUUAUUAUUAUUAUCAUCAUUAUAUUUUCUUAUAUCCCGCCGUUCUCCCAAUAUAGGGACUCAAGGUUUAUCUGUAGUAGUGUUCUUUGGCCAUGACUGUUACUAAGUUGUUAGUUUUAUUCCCAUAACUUCUAUUACACAUUUCUUUUGUAGGAGAGUGGGGUGUGUGUUUGCUUGAUUGCUUUAACAAUUUUAGAGGAAGAGGAAGACAAUUGUCAAAGGAGAGGCAGAAAUCAGUCUCCUGAAAGAUGCUGAGUAGGCUGUAUCGGUUCUGCCGCAGGAAGAGCCGCAAAGUUGCCCGAGCUCCAAUGAGCAUCCCUGGCAGUCCUGAAAAUACUCCUGGAAAUGAAGGGAACUGGACCCCAACAAGACCUCGCCAGUGGUUCUGCAGGGGAUGCCAGCGGCCACAUCUUCUGUGCAAGAAGCCAGUUGGCCAUCAUUUUGCUGAUCCCCAAACCCUGAUGGACAAGCUGCAGUGGAUUCUUGAAGAGAGAGCCAGUGCUUUGGAAGGGGUGCAAUGUUCCUGGCCUCUUCCAACCCUUCAAUCAGAGAGGAAUCUGCCCCUGAACUUAACAGGGAUUGCAGUGAUGAUGAAGAAAAUCAACAAAAGGAAGCAGCCUAUCCUGUUGUGCCCUGACCAGGAGAAGCUGGACUUCCUCCGGGCUCUUUCAGCCAGCUGCACUGAGGCACUGGAGAAGGGGUGCAAUGACCUGGGGCUUCCCCACAAGAAGGAUGAACUAGUCGAGGCCAUUGUGGUGGUGAUGGAGAGUCUACCAGUCACGGCUAUGCCCACUCCUGUGCUCUCUUGUGCCAUGCUGGCUCUCUACCACCUGAGCAAGUUCCAGCCCUCCCUUGAUCGGGAUCUUGAAUCCCAUGUCCUUCGCCUGGUUUUAUAUUACGUCUUCACUAUGGAGAGCACAGCUGUCCGCAGUCAGGACUUCUGCAUCUCUUCAUGCCUCACUCUUGAGGUUCUUCUGGAGGGUUUAUUAGCGGGGGAUGCAACUUCGGCCCACCUUCUAUUCCUGAUCAAGCAUAUUAACUUCUGGCUGGAGUCAUCAGGCAACAAAGAAAAAAUGCGGGCCCUUACCUGUGCUUCAGCUUUGAUUGGGCAUGCAAUCUAUGUCUUAGGGCCUAAAACAUCAGAAAAACACCCAGAAUGGGGAAGUCUGGUCUGUCAAUACAAGCUCCAUGUUGCUUCCAGUAACCCUGUUGUGAGCCAGGCAGCUAGGGAAGUCCUUUCUUCCCUCUACAAGUUCUUCUUGCACCAGAGAGGGCUUAGCCAAAUUCUCAGCAAAGACCUCUGGUGCCAGGAGGACUGUGGUACAGAAAUGCUGGGAUACAUUGACACCUGCAUGGCUGCGGAGGCAUUCAGUGAAAUUCUUAACCAAGCACAGAAGGCGGAAAUGAUCAAAACUGCCUGGUUGGCCUCAUAUAACUUUUGGUUAACUACCAGCGUACCUGGCAUUUUGAUACUCUAUGCCCUUGUGGGAAAAGCUGAUGUCUUUUUAUUGGACAAAAAUCCAGAGCUUGUGUAUAAGAGAACCACAGAUGCCAUCUAUAGCCUGCAGAAAGAGAAAAAGGUCCCAAGGAUACUGGAAGUCCUCUUGUAUGCCCAAGAUGAUGAUGUGCUUGAAGAUCUUGUCUACUGAGCUGUCUGUCAGAACGCACCCUCUGGAGUCAGACAAUUUGGACACAGAGUCACAUGCCCAGGAACUUAACAGCUCCCAAUGACAGUGAUCUCUUUGAAUCUGGGGAGCUGGGGCCUGAGGCAGAGGGAGGCCCUAUUCUCCAGAAGGAGAUGGCAGAUACUACAAAUCAGCAGAGAAAUACAGAGAAAUUACUCCACUUUCUGCAGCUAUUCAAUAAGAGAUGCUGAUUAAUUGAGCCAAUGGUAUUUUGAGACAGCUGCCUAUAAAACACCUAGCAGCUUCCUGGCAUCUUUGCUGCUUGCAACUCUUUUGACUGGCAGAAAGUCCUGAAGAUUUCCCCAUUAACCAGUUAAAGAUGGCAUUCAUAAUCAGCCUGUUUACUAAUCCAGCUGCAAAAUAGUCCACCUCCAAUCAAGCCCUCUCCUGACCAACCUUGCUGACUUUCUGAGGAAAAUGAGAAGGGUAUGGGAAGACCCCAUGCAAGCUAAAACUUUCAAGUGAUACAUCCAUCACCUUCACCUAGGGAAGGGGUCUGUGACUACUUGGACUUCCACCUUUCAGCUAUUGGCUCAGGACUUGGCCUGGAACAAUGCAGCUCUUCAGAACCAGUAUAAAGAUGGUUUGGCUGGUGCUAUAUUGGCCCAGAUUGGAUGAGCUGGCCUGUUGGGCUGUGCCUACUUCUUGCAUCCCUGUGUCCUCAUCAGUAGAACCACAUUCCCAUGCAGCAUUUGCAGGACCCUCAUCAUGUAAAGACCAUUGAUGGUUAUCUACUGCACUCCAGAUCUUUGACCCUUGAAGCCACUGUGCUGCUACUCAAGAUCCAGGGCCACAGUGAGCAGCUGCGGUUCUAUUUAACAACAGUAUCUCAGUUUUCCUUGGUCCUGGCAAUGCCAUGGCUCAUCUGGCAUGAUCCCUAUAUCUCUAGGUGGGAGGUAUUUUUUGCAUCUGGGUUUUGCCAGGAGCAUUCAUGGAUAGAACAGUUGCAUGCUGCUCAAGACUCAAGA